AUGGAGGGUAAGGAGACGCUGUGCAGAGUGUGCGGGGACAAGGCCUCGGGGAAACACUACGGGGUGGCCUCGUGUGACGGCUGUCGGGGCUUUUUCAAGAGGAGUAUCAGAAGGAACCUGGACUACGUGUGCAAGGAGGACGGCAGGUGUGUGGUGGACGUUUCCAGGCGCAACCAGUGUCAAGCCUGCCGCUUCAACAAAUGUCUUCAGGUCAAGAUGAAGAAAGAUGCUGUACAACACGAGAGGGCGCCACGGUCUCACCAGAACAGCUGUCUUAGUUCCAGUCGCAGGUUUCUGACAUCUUACCCCUUGCUUUAUCAACCCCUCAGCCUCCCCUUCACGGCUCCAAAUUAUUUACCAACCUCUUACUCAGGCCUCCCUCUACCACACGGUUCCGGUCCUCCUGGACCAAGAAUGUUCAGCAAUUUCUACAGAGUGGAUCACAUGGAAAAAGAAGACGAAGUUACCAGUUCUGAAGAAAUCAAUGUUUUGGAACAUCCACAACCAGACCCACGGGUACUGCCGAACAGGUCACCUCUGGUAGACAUGAGCUGUAUAUCCUCGGAGAGCACUUACGAGUCAGCUGCCAAACUACUACAACAUCCAAUAAUACGACUACAACUAACUGUACCCACGGGUACUGCCGAACAGGUCACCUCUGGUGGACAUGAGCUGUAUAUCCUCGGAGAGCACUUACGAGUCAGCUGCCAAACUACUACAACAUCCAAUAAUACGACUACAACUAACUGUGUAACUAUGCUGUGCUGUCUACAGACCCACGGACCCACGGGUACUGCCGAACAGGUCACCUCUGGUGGACAUGAGCUGUAUAUCCUCGGAGAGCACUUACGAGUCAGCUGCCAAACUACUACAACAUCCAACAAUACGACUACAACUAACUGUGUAACUAUGCUGUGCUGUCUACAGACCCACGGACCCACGGGUACUGCCGAACAGGUCACCUCUGGUGGACAUGAGCUGUAUAUCCUCGGAGAGCACUUACGAGUCAGCUGCCAAACUACUACAACAUCCAACAAUACGACUACAACUAACUGUGUAACUGUGCUGUCUACAGACCCACGGGUACUGCCGAACAGGUCACCUCUGGUGGACAUGAGCUGUAUAUCCUCGGAGAGCACUUACGAACCCACGGGUACUGCCGAACAGGUCACCUCUGGUGGACAUGAGCUGUAUAUCCUCGGAGAGCACUUACGAGUCAGCUGCCAAACUACUACAACAUCCAAUAAUACGACUACAACUAACCGUGUAACUAUGCUGUGCUGUCUACAGACCACGGGUACUGCCGAACAGGUCACCUCUGGUGGACAUGAGCUACCCACGGGUACUGCCGAACAGGUCACCUCUGGUGGACAUGAGCUGUAUAUCCUCGGAGAGCACUUACGAGUCAGCUGCCAAACUACUACAACAUCCAAUAAUACGACUACAACUAACUGUGUAACUAUGCUGUGCUGUCUACAGACCCACGGACCCACGGGUACUGCCGAACAGGUCACCUCUGGUGGACAUGAGCUGUAUAUCCUCGGAGAGCACUUACGAGUCAGCUGCCAAACUACUACAACAUCCAAUAAUACGACUACAACUAACUGUGUAACUAUGCUGUGCUGUCUACAGACCACGGGUACUGCCGAACAGGUCACCUCUGGUGGACAUGAGCUACCCACGGGUACUGCCGAACAGGUCACCUCUGGUGGACAUGAGCUGUAUAUCCUCGGAGAGCACUUACGAGUCAGCUGCCAAACUACUACAACAUCCAAUACUACGACUACAACUAACUGUGUAACUAUGCUGUGCUGUCUACAGACCCACGGGUACUGCCGAACAGGUUCACCUCUGGUGGACAUGAGCUGUAUAUCCUCGGAGAGCACUUACGAACCACGGGUACUGCCGAACAGGAUACCUCUGGUGGACAUGAGCUGUAUAUUCUCGGAGAGCACUUACGAGUCAGCUGCCAAACUACUACAACAUCCAACAAUACGACUACAACUAACAGUAACCUGUUCUGUCUACAGACCCACGGGUACUGCCGAACAGGUCACCUCUGGUGGACAUGAGCUACCCACGGGUACUGCCGAACAGGUCACCUCUGGUGGACAUGAGCUGUAUAUCCUCGGAGAGCACUUACGAGUCAGCUGCCAAACUACUACAACAUCCAACAAUACGACUACAACUAACCGUGUAACUGUGCUGUCUACAGACCCUCGGGUACUGCCGAACAGGUCACCUCUGGUGGACAUGAGCUGUAUAUCCUCGGAGAGCACUUACGCACCCACGGGUACUGCCGAACAGGUCACCUCUGGUAGACAUGAGCUGUAUAUCCUCGGAGAACCCACGGGUACUGCCGAACAGGUCACCUCUGGUAGACAUGAGCUGUAUAUCCUCGGAGAGCACUUACGAGUCAGCUGCCAAACUACUACAACAUCCAAUAAUACGACUACAACUAACCGUGUAACUAUGCUGUGCUGUCUACAGACCCACGGACCCACGGGUACUGCCGAACAGGUCACCUCUGGUGGACAUGAGCUGUAUAUCCUCGAAGAGCACUUACGAGUCAGCUGCCAAACUACUACAACAUCCAAUAAUACGACUACAACUAACUGUGUAACUAUGCUGUGCUGUCUACAGACCCACGGACCCACGGGUACUGCCGAACAGGUCACCUCUGGUGGACAUGAGCUGUAUAUCCUCGGAGAGCACUUACGUGUCAGCUGCCAAACUACUACAGCUUUGAAUACUACGACUACAACUAACCGUGUAACUGUGCUGUCUACAGACCAACGGGUACUGCCGAACAGGAUACCUCUGGUGGACAUGAGCUGUAUAUUCUCGGAGAGCACUUACGAACCCACGGGUACUGCCGAACAGGUCACCUGUGGUGGACAUGAGCUGUAUAUCCUCGGAGAGCACUUACGAGUCAGCUGCCAAACUACUACAACAUCCAACAAUACGACUACAACUAACCGUGUAACUGUGCUGUCUACAGACCCACGGGUACUGCCGAACAGGUCACCUGUGGUGGACAUGAGCUGUAUAUCCUCGGAGAGCACUUACGAACCCACGGGUACUGCCGAACAGGUCACCUCUGGUGGACAUGAGCUGUAUAUCCUCGGAGAGCACUUACGAGUCAGCUGCCAAACUACUACAACAUCCAAUAAUACGACUACAACUAACCUGUGUAACUAUGCUGUGCUGUCUACAGACCCACGGGUACUGCCGAACAGGUCACCUCUGGUGGACAUGAGCUGUAUAUCCUCGGAGAGCACUUACGAACCCACGGGUACUGCCGAACAGGUCACCUCUGGUGGACAUGAGCUGUAUAUCCUCGGAGAGCACUUACGAGUCAGCUGCCAAACUACUACAACAUCCAACAAUACGACUACAACUAACCGUGUAACUGUGCUGUUCUGUCUACAGACCCACGGACCCACGGGUACUGCCGAACAGGUCACCUCUGGUAGACAUGAGCUGUAUAUCCUCGGAGAACCCACGGGUACUGCCGAACAGGUCACCUCUGGUAGACAUGAGCUGUAUAUCCUCGGAGAGUACUUACGAGUCAGCUGCCAAACUACUACAACAUCCAAUAAUACGACUACAACUAACUGUGUAACUAUGCUGUGCUGUCUACAGACCCACGGACCCACGGGUACUGCCGAACAGGUCACCUCUGGUGGACAUGAGCUGUAUAUCCUCGGAGAGCACUUACGAGUCAGCUGCCAAACUCCUACAACACCCAACAAUACGACUACAACUAAUCGUGUAACUGUACUGUCUACAGACCACGGACCCUCGGGUACUGCCGAACAGGUCACCUGUGGUGGACAUGAGCUGUAUAUCCUCGGAGAGCACUUACGCGUCAGCUGCCAAACUACUACAACAUCCAACAAUACGCUACAACUAACAGUAACAUGUUCUGUCUACAGACCCACGGGUACUGCCGAACAGGUCACCUCUGGUGGACAUGAGCUACCCACGGGUACUGCCGAACAGGUCACCUGUGGUGGACAUGAGCUGUAUAUCCUCGGAGAGCACUUACGAGUCAGCUGCCAAACUACUACAACAUCCAACAAUACGACUACAACUAACCGUGUAACUGUGCUGUCUACAGACCCACGGGUACUGCCGAACAGGUCACCUGUGGUGGACAUGAGCUGUAUAUCCUCGGAGAGCACUUACGAGUCAGCUGUACCCACGGGUACUGCCGAACAGGUCACCUCUGGUAGACAUGAGCUGUAUAUCCUCGGAGAGCACUUACGAGUCAGCUGCCAAACUACUACAACAUCCAACAAUACGACUACAACUAACCGUGUAAACUGUGCUGUCUACAGACCCACGGGUACUGCCGAACAGGUCACCUCUGGUGGACAUGAGCUGUAUAUCCUCGGAGAGCACUUACGAGUCAGCUGCCAAACUACUACAACAUCCAACAAUACGACUACAACUAACAGUAACACUGUUCUGUCUACAGACCCACGGGUACUGCCGAACAGGUCACCUCUGGUGGACAUGAGCUACCCACGGGUACUGCCGAACAGGUCACCUCUGGUAGACAUGAGCUGUAUAUCCUCGGAGAACCCACGGGUACUGCCGAUUAGGUCACCUCUGGUAGACAUGAGCUGUAUAUCCUCGGAGCAGUACUUACGAGUCAGCUGCCAAACUACUACAACAUCCAACAAUACGACUACAACUAACCGUGUAACUGUGCUGUCUACAGACCUACGGGUACUGCCGAACAGGUCACCUCUGGUGGACAUGAGCUACCCACGGGUACUGCCGAACAGGUCACCUCUGAGCUGUAUAUCCUCGGAGAGACUUACGAGUCAGCUGUAUAUCCUCGGCACUUACGACAGCUGCCAAACUUACGAACCCACGGGUACUGCCGAACAGGUCACCUCUGGUGGACAUGAGCUGUAUAUCCUCGGAGAGCACUUACGAGUCACCUGCCAAACUCCUACAACACCCAACAAUACGACUACAACUAAACGUGUAACUGUACUGUCUACAGACCCACGGGUACUGCCGAACAGGUCACCUCUGGUGGACAUGAGCUACCCACGGGUACUGCCGAACAGGUCACCUCUGGUGGACAUGAGCUGUAUAUCCUCGGAGAGCACUUACGAGUCAGCUGCUAAACUACUACAAGCUUUGAACAAUACGACUACAACUAACCGUGUAACUGUGCUGUCUACAGACCCACGGGUACUGCCGAACAGGUCACCUCUGGUAGACAUGAGCUGUAUAUCCUCGGAGAACCCACGGGUACUGCCGAACAGGUCACCUCUGGUAGACAUGAGCUGUAUAUCCUCGGAGAGCACUUACGAGUCAGCUGCCAAACUACUCUACCUCUCCGUACGCUGGGCCCGCAGCAUACCUUCUUUCCAACAGCUCUGUUCCAGGGACCAAGGCAUCCUGCUUGAAGAUGCUUGGAGUGCUUUGUUCAUACUGAGUGCUGCCCAGUGGUUCCUUCCCAUCGAUGAAGGGUUGCUGGUCCAGGGUUGUGCAGCCCCUCCGUCCAGACACCCACAGUUGGAGGAAGAUGCCCGAAAGUUGAAAGACAUCAUUACCAAGUUCUCAGCGCUUAGGGUAGAUCAUACAGAAUAUGCUUGCCUUAAAGCACUUGUUUUGUUUAAAUCAGAGAAAAGAGGUCUUAGAGAACCCUUCCAUGUAGAGUUGCUGCAGGAUCAAACACACGUUAUGCUGCAUGAAUACUGCAGUGUCCAGCACAAGGCAAGGUUUGGUAAACUUCUCCUUUCCCUCCUGUUGGUCAGCAGUGUCAGCAGACAGAGCCUCCAGGAAUUGUUCUUCCAACGAGCUCUCGGAAAUGUUCCCGUCGAGAGGUUACUGAAGGACAUCAACCUCCCAUCAUUUAUCUAGUCUCGUGUUUAAAUGUUUUUUGUUAUUGUUUUUACUUUGUUAUUAUUUUUUACUGUAUUGUUGUGUGGUUGAAGCUGUUUUAAUCACCUUAAAAUGUAAAUACUGACUAAUAAAUAAAAAAAA